AUGGAUAUGCUCGUCUCCGUAGUGAUUGGUACUAGCAUCUGCCUUGUUUUUCUGGUCUGGCUAACCGCCUCAGCCACACUAGCCAGAUCUGCUAAGCCACACCCAACCAGCAUCCCGACUCGAUCCCACAGCACGCCUUACAAGGCAACCCUACUGCGGCUCCUUGCUACGGCCUCUCAGCCACCCCCAAACAACAAACCAUCAUUCUGCCUGCCUCACAAAACGAAAACAAUAAAACAGCCCCCGUCUCCCCCCAGACCCUCGUCACUUCCAUCUCACCCACUCACACUGUGA